ACAGAGUUUAAAGUUUAGAGUAAAAAGAGGACAUCCUCAAAGGCAGGGGUGGACAAUGAACCAAGAAAAAGUUUCUCAUUGGGUAGGAGUGGACAAUGGCUGGAUGGGUUUAUACUUCUCAGUUUCUGGAACAGACAGCUUCCUUAGCAGCAGCAUUUCCUGUCCAAGAGAUUGACAGGCCCAUUUGGAUUUCUUUUUUUUUUUUUAAGUGUGUGUGUACACAAAGCCUCCCUUCAUCCUCCCUUUUCUUUUCAUUUAUUUAAUAUAUGAGUACACUGCAGCUGCCUUCAGACUACCAGAGGAGGGCAUCAGAUUCCAUUACAGAUUACAGACUGUUGUGAGCCACCAUGUGGUUGCUGGGAACUCAGGACCUCUCGAAGAGAAGUCAGUGCUCUUAACCUCUGAGCCAUCUCUCCAGUCCCUUUUCUUCUUUCUUAAAAUGAGUGUGCUACCAAAGACACACUGCCUUCAAGAGGCAGUCUCUGAAGCUGCUUGUGAUGUCCAUCCUCAAUGAUCUUCACGCCUAAUUUCUAUUUAGCUUGAGAACAUGGCGACCUUAGAGGGAAAGGAGCUCACUUACUGAGAGUGCACUCAGGGGCACUAAGUUUGCUUCCUACAGUGUCAUCAAUAAUAAGGCACCAGUGCACAGGACCCUGGACAGGUAACAAGGGUCGUAAAGAGUUGCCUUGAUUUUGAGGCUACAGAUCUAGUUAAUAAUGGACCUAACACUAAGUCUGUUAUAGAUUUUUGACUUGUCUCAAAGGAAAUGAAACAAGUCAUAGCUAAGUGUCCAUAGAGCUAAAUUCAAAAAAAGGGUCCUUUUACUUUAGAUUUUUUUCCAUCACACUCGAAUGGCUCUGUUGGAACCCAGAAACUCUUGUCUAAGAUACUAAGGUUCAGAACGUCUGGCAAUUUCAAAAAGUUUGGUUAGCGAUAGACUAGGCUCUGCAAUUUUGGUUCCAUGAAACUAGGACACCUUUCUCGAACACAGAGCUCCGUUGCUUGGUCUGCAAAGGGUUACCUAACUUUCAGAGCCACCUUUGGCUAGCAGCACCUCAUUCUUCUUUUCCCUCCUCCUUCUCUCCCAUUGUUUGGACCGGAAUUCUUACACCGCAGGAUGGGAAGCUUAGUCGUACUCUCUGCUGGUUAAACCAGUAUAGCAGCCUGGUUAAUUUAUCGGCUAGGGGUGGGGUACCGUCUGGACGACCAGCCCACCUCUCCAAAGAGCAAUCUGGGAUUUGCAGUUUUCAGCUCUUCAAACCCGCUUGGUAGGACGGGACUCUUGGACUCUAAUCCUCCCCCAACCCGAAUCCUCGCGCGUUCUGAUGACGUCACGAGAACUGCGCAACACCUGGGAUUCGUGGUAGUUCUGGAAGAGAGUCCCGCCCUAAGUUCUUACGAUUCGAGAACUACAUUUUCCAGAAACCCUCGCGGCAGCGCGCCAAGGGCCGCCCGGGGCUGUGAUUGGCUGGGGAGCCGGCCGCACGCGGAGGAGCUCAAGGAGCAGCUCUGUUGCGACAGAGGCCGAGCGGCGAGGCCCCACUCCUGAAAGAACAGUAACUACCCCUGUGGCUCAUCAUCAUGCCUUCCGACCUGGCUAAGAAGAAGGCAGCCAAAAAGAAGGAAGCCGCCAAAGCUCGACAGCGGCCCAGGAAGGGACAUGAAGAAAAUGGAGAUGCUGUCACAGAACCUCAGGUGGCAGAGGAGAAAAAUGAGACCAAUGGCAGAGAGACCACAGUGGAUUUGCUGACCAAGGAGCUGGAGGACUUUGAGAUGAAGAAAGCUGCUGCUCGAGCUGUCACCGGUGUCCUGGCUUCUCACCCCAACAGUACUGACGUCCAUAUCAUCAACCUCUCACUCACCUUUCAUGGUCAAGAGCUGCUCAGCGACACCAAACUGGAAUUAAACUCAGGCCGGCGCUACGGCCUCAUUGGCUUAAAUGGAAUUGGAAAGUCCAUGCUGCUCUCUGCCGUUGGAAAACGUGAAGUACCCAUCCCUGAGCACAUCGACAUCUACCAUCUGACUCGGGAGAUGCCCCCUAGCGAUAAGACACCCUUGCAGUGUGUGAUGGAGGUGGACACAGAGCGGGCCAUGCUGGAGAGAGAGGCUGAGCGCUUGGCUCAUGAGGAUGCGGAGUGUGAGAAGCUCAUGGAACUCUAUGAACGGUUGGAAGAGCUGGAUGCUGACAAAGCUGAGAUGAGGGCCUCAAGGAUCUUACACGGAUUGGGUUUCACACCUGCCAUGCAGCGCAAGAAGCUGAAAGACUUCAGUGGUGGCUGGCGGAUGAGAGUUGCUCUUGCUAGAGCCCUCUUCAUUCGGCCCUUCAUGCUGCUGCUGGACGAGCCUACCAACCACCUGGACCUGGAUGCUUGCGUGUGGCUGGAAGAGGAACUCAAGACUUUCAAGCGUAUCCUGGUCCUUGUGUCCCAUUCCCAGGACUUCCUGAAUGGGGUCUGCACCAAUAUCAUCCACAUGCACAACAAGAAACUGAAGUACUACACGGGUAAUUAUGAUCAGUAUGUGAAGACACGGCUGGAGCUGGAAGAGAACCAGAUGAAGAGGUUUCACUGGGAGCAGGACCAGAUAGCACACAUGAAGAACUACAUUGCCAGGUUUGGCCAUGGCAGUGCCAAGCUGGCCCGGCAGGCUCAAAGCAAAGAGAAAACACUACAGAAAAUGAUGGCAUCCGGACUGACAGAAAGGGUUGUGAGUGACAAGACGCUAUCAUUUUAUUUCCCACCGUGUGGUAAGAUCCCACCACCUGUCAUUAUGGUGCAGAACGUGAGCUUCAAGUAUACAAAAGACGGGCCUUGCAUCUACAAUAAUCUAGAAUUUGGCAUUGACCUUGACACACGAGUGGCUCUGGUAGGGCCCAACGGAGCAGGGAAGUCCACUCUGUUGAAGCUGCUAACUGGAGAGCUUCUGCCUACAGAUGGAAUGAUCCGGAAGCAUUCUCAUGUCAAGAUAGGGCGUUACCAUCAGCACUUACAGGAGCAGCUGGACCUGGACCUUUCCCCUUUGGAGUACAUGAUGAAGUGCUACCCAGAGAUCAAGGAGAAGGAGGAAAUGAGGAAGAUCAUUGGGAGAUAUGGCCUCACUGGGAAACAGCAGGUGAGCCCAAUCCGGAACCUGUCAGAUGGGCAGAAGUGCCGAGUGUGUCUGGCCUGGCUGGCCUGGCAGAAUCCGCACAUGCUCUUUCUGGACGAGCCUACCAAUCACCUGGACAUCGAGACCAUUGAUGCUCUGGCAGAUGCCAUCAAUGAGUUCGAGGGUGGCAUGAUGCUCGUCAGCCAUGACUUCAGACUCAUCCAGCAGGUUGCACAGGAGAUUUGGGUCUGUGAGAAGCAGACAAUCACCAAGUGGCCUGGAGACAUCCUAGCCUACAAGGAGCACCUCAAGUCCAAGCUGGUGGAUGAGGAGCCCCAGCUCACCAAGAGGACCCACAACGUGUGAGCCCUCAGCUAGGCUUGGGUCAGGAAUGCCACCUGGAGACUGCCAGCUGACACCUGACCAGCCACUCAGGACAGGACCCUGGGGCCGCACUCCCGCACUGCCGCAAUGCUGCCCCCAGCCUCUCCCCUCAGCCUGCCUUCGCUGCAUCCUAUCUCCAGCUGGACAGCGCCUGUCCAUUUCCUACCCUCCUUCCAUUUGGGUCUGUCUGUCUGGACUCGGCUGGCUGUUCCCUCCAGACCCUUGCUGGUGACCUUGCCCUGAAAGAUGCAGCCAGGGGUGCCUGGGUUAACCCCAGGGCCCAAGCCCUGCUCUGGCCCUGGAAGGAUUCAAGAGCCUCAUUAUGGGUUUCGGUGAUGUUGGAGAAAUACCACCAGCCCAUCACCCCCGUUCUUUAUUGCUUCUGGUUUGGAGCUCUGGGCCAGGGCCUAGUCCUGGUCGGUAUUUUAAUAAUUAUUUAACAGUGUAGAUCUAUGUGUCAUCUACCAAGUGUCCAAUAAAGGAGGAGGAAGCUACACACCUUC